AUGAUUCAUGUCUAUGCUUCAUGUGGUGUUUGGGAAUUGGUUGUAUCUUCAGGUUGGAGUUUUAAUGUUGAUAAAAAGAAAGGGGGAAGUUUACUUGCUUUGGAAUUGAAGUCUUCUCUGGAAGAGUUACAGAAAAUUGUUAUAGAGGAUUUUGGUUUUGAAGAAACAGAUGCUGAUUUGGAGUUGAGUUACCUUCCUAUUGGAUUGAUCAAUUCAUCAAAUUGUCCACCAGUGAUCAUUGGAAACUCAAGGCAAGUUCAAAAUUUUCUAGGGUUUUGUAAGAAGCAUCAGUCAACUCAAUUGUGUGUCAGCUAUAAAGCAAAGCAAGGAAAUCCAAAUAAGAUCGACAUUGAUCUUAAUAAGAUGCCAACUGAUGCAAGUACUAGUGAAGAGAACAAGCGAAAUCCUUGUGACAUUGGGACCGCUUCAAAUACUGUUAAGGGGGCUAAGCAUAACGAGAAGAAGAAAGGGAAGAUGAAGCAAAGUGAAGUUGAUGGAGAUGAUUAUGAUGCUGACAAGCAUAACGAGAAGAAGAAAGGAAAAAUGAAGCAAGACGAGGUGGUCGAAUUGGUUAAGACGGGAGAUCUUUUCCUCAACAAAACAGUUUUGAAAGCGAGGUUUGAGUUAUGUGCAAUGAAGCAUAACUUUCACUACACAGUUACCAACUCCAAUAAAUCAGUUUGGUGUAUUAGAUGCGCUGAUAAGGUGUGCUUUUGGGGUGCUCGAGCUGAGUGUUUGAAGGGCUCCACAUAUUUUAUUAUUAAGAAGUAUGUCGGUGUACAUUCCUGCGCACCUUCAAACAAAACCAGUGCCGGAAGGACAGCUUCAGCGAAAACGAUAGGCAAUCUGAUAAUGCAUAAAUAUGAAGGUAUCAAGGAAGGGCCUAAAGCGAAAGAUAUUGUUCAGAUUAUGCGCAAUGAUUAUGGAUGUGAGAUCUCUGAAUCUUUAGCAUGGGAUUCCCGUGAAUAUGCAGUCAACGCUGUUAGAGGUAUUCCAGAGGAAAGUUAUGGGAAAAUACCAAAAUAUUUGCACAUGCUGCGAGAGGCCAAUCCGGGUACACAUUCCUCUUACAAGACUGACGUCGAUGGUAGAUUUCGAUAUCUGUUUAUAGCGUUUGGUCAAUCGAUCAGAGGCUUUAACACAGUCAUGAGGCGUGUCAUUGUUGUCGAUGGAACAUUCUUGAAGAGUAAAUUCAAAGGGGUGCUACUGGUUGCAACUGCUAUAGAUGGAAAUUCAAAUUUAUAUCCUAUUGCAUUUGGGAUAGUAGACUCUGAGAAUGAGCAGUCUUGGGAAUGGUUUAUGAGAGAAUUAAAAGUUGUUGUUGCUGAUGAUAAUGGUUUGGCUUUUAUUUCGGAUAGACAAGUGUCAAUAGCGAAGGCAGUGGAGAAAGUGUAUCCCCUAGCGAGACAUGGUAUCUGUAUUCAUCAUUUGUUGAAUAAUGUGAUAUCAUAUUUCAAGGGGAAGGGAUUAGCUGGGUUGAUUUCUAAGGCUUCAAAGGCUUAUAGAGUGGUUGAUUUCAAGAAGACGUUUGCUCAUGUUUGCAAUAUCAGUCCAGCAAUUGGAACGUAUCUUAUGGAAGCAGAUGUCAGAAAGUGGGCUAGAUGUCAAUUUCAUGGAUACAGGUAUGACAUUAGGACAAACAAUCCUGCAGAGUCGAUAAAUUCUGCGUUGCGUUCGCCGAGAGAGUUUCCCGUAAUUCCUUUGUUGGACAGUAUUAGAGAAAUGCUGACACGUUGGUUUUUUAAGCGUAAGAAGUUGAUUUCAAAGCACACCCACCGUUUGACCAUAGAUGUGGAGGAAAAGAUUGAUAGGAGAAUUGGAAAGGGGAAAACUUUCGCAGUUUACCCUGUAACCGAUAGCCAGCUGCUUGUUAAAGGCGAUACAAUUGACUGCUUUGUUGAUUUGGACAAACGGACUUGUUCUUGUGGGAAGUACGACCUCUCGAAAAUCCCUUGUAGACACGCAAUAAAAGCUGGUUUCUUUGUUGGUAGAGAACCAUAUACAUUGACUGAUUUUUUGUAUACCACGGGAGCUUGGAGAGAAGCUUAUCAAGAAAGCAUAAAUCCCAUUUCAGUUCCUGAAGAUGGUUGGUCUGUCCCACAAGUUGUGGAAAAUUCUGAAGUGCUACCGCCUGAGACAAGAAGAUCUCUUGGAAGAAAUAGAAAACGCAGAUAUGAAACUGUUGAAGACAAAAUCCGAUCAUCACAAGGAUCACAGGGGGGUCAGUCUCGUAAGUGCAGUAGAUGUGGUCUUGGUGGUCAUAAUAGAGCAACUUGCAAGAUGCCAAUAUAG